UCAAUAUUGCACAAGUAGUACAUGCACCAAUAGGUAUUCACAAGACUAGCCUGAGUUAGGUAUAGUCAGUGUGGAUCGCCUUGUCUUCAGACGAACCGUACAGGCAUGAGGUUCAUUUUCUGUUCCUUAUAACUGAAGCAACGGAACUCCCACCACUUUGCAAUAUGUUUAAAACCACAAAAAUUCUAAACCCGACCAAACUCCAGGUAGCUUUCAAAAUUCUAGUUUUCCCGCCCAUUUGAACUCUUUUGCGUGACACUCUUCUGUUCUAGCCGUCUGAGAAAAGCAGCAAGAAUGGCUUCUACAACGACGACGACGAGUGGGGCUAUCCCCGCACUAAAGUUGAACGAUGGCAACGAGAUGCCCAUGCUUGCCUACGGCUUCGGCACGGCCAAUAUCUUCGGCAAGGACGAUGACAUCUCCAAGCUCACAGCCAUGGCCAUCAAGAAUGGAUACUAUCACCUAGACAGCGCCGAAGCAUACGGCAACGAGACCGGGGUCGGCGCCGGCAUCAAAGCCUCCGGCGUGCCGCGGGAGAAGCUGUACGUGGUGACGAAGGUGGUCGGGACCAAGGGCCAGGACGUGCGAGCGGCGCUCGCGUCGUCCCUCGCGAAGCUGGGCGUCGACUACCUGGACCUGUACCUCGUGCACAUCCCCUUCGGCGCGGGGUCGGCGGCCGAGCUGCAGCGCCUCUGGGCCGAGAUGGAGGCCGUCCAGGCCUCCGGCAAGGCGCGCUCGAUCGGCGUCUCCAACUUCGAGCAGGCGGACGUCGAGGUCGUCCUGCAGACGGCUAAGACCGUGCCCGCCGUCAACCAGAUCGAGUACCACCCCUACCUGCAGCACGGCGACCUGGUCCCGUACCUGCGGAGCAAGAACAUCGCCGUCGCCGCCUACUCGGCCCUGACCGCGCUCACGAGCGCGCGGCCCGGCCCCGUCGACGGCACGUACGCCGAGCUCGCGCAGAAGUACGGCGUGGCGGAGGGCGAGGUCGCGCUGCGCUGGGUCCUCGACCAGGAUAUCGUGGCGAUCACUACGAGUAAGAGCGAGGAGAGGCUCCAGGGGUAUCUGCGCACGUUACCUAGCUUUAAGCUCACGGACGAGGAGAUCAAGCGCAUCUCGGAGGUUGGGAAGCAGAAACAUUAUCAAGGCCCCGGCGAGGCCUACAUGAGAGCGAAAUAUUGCUCCUAGGCCUCUCUAGUGUUGCUAGGAGAUAUGGGCUUGACUGGGUACUUAGGCGGGUAUGUAGGUAAGCCGAUAUCGAUAUGACACGUCAUUUGAGCAGAAGCCCGGAAGCCACGGAUAUAAUCAUAUGGGGUGGACGAUAGCCGUAACAUCCGCCAUCCCGCCAAUCCAUUUUAAUAUAUGUAUUUAUCCGGUGUAAUCGUCCUGGUUAGUCGCAUAUGCGUAUGUAUCUAGCUGCCAGUGUUAUGAUUAUAACGAUUCAGGUCUGAGAUGAUAGUCCUAUGAAAUGGAUUUCUUUAAGAAGCAUACCUACCGAAACUUAGGGAGUAGCAACAUUGAAGUAUUCAAAAAGGG